AUGUCGAAGUUGCUGGUUGUACUCUUUGUUAACGUGUUUACCCUGGUCGCGUUUGCCGCGCCGAUUGAUCACAAACGCCUGACCAAUGUGGAUCAGGAGCCGGGCAGCUGGUUGAGCCACGGGCGCAACUACGCAGAAGAUCGACAUAGCCCGUUAACACAGAUUACCCCGGACAACGUCAGCCAGCUUGGCCUUGUCUGGUAUUUUGAUACGCAGACAACGCGUGGUCUGGAAGCCUCACCUCUGGUGAUCGACGGCCACAUGUAUUUCACUACGAGUUGGAGUCAGGUGUUUGCACUUGAUGCACGCAGUGGAGAGCUGCUCUGGCAGUACGACCCUCAGGUACCCAGAGCCUGGGGCGUCAAUGCCUGCUGUGAUGUGGUGAACCGUGGUGUUGCCGCCUGGGGUGACGCCGUUUAUGUCGGCACUCUGGAUGGUCGACUGGUGGCCCUGGAUCGGCAGGACGGUCGAGUGCUUUGGCAGACGCUCACCAUCGAUGCUGAUAAACCCUACACAAUUACCGGCGCCCCGCGGGUUGUUAAUGGUCAGGUUAUCAUUGGUAACGGCGGUGCGGAGUAUGGCGUGCGCGGCUAUGUCAGUGCCUAUGAUGCAGCCAGCGGUGAGCUGUCGUGGCGUUUCUAUACCGUUCCUGGCAAACCCACUGAACCCUAUGAAUCUCCAGCCAUGGCUAUGGCCGCGCAAACCUGGACUGGAGAUGUGUACUGGCAGGUUGGCGGCGGCGGAACAGUCUGGGACAGCAUGGCUUAUGAUGCCGAACUGAAUCUGUUGUACAUCGGUGUGGGCAAUGGCUCGCCCUGGAACAGAUGGGUCCGUAGUCCGGGUGGUGGUGAUAAUCUGUUUUUAUCAUCCAUCGUGGCUCUGCAUGCCGACACUGGCGAGUAUGCCUGGCACUAUCAGACAACGCCGGGUGACACCUGGGACUACACAGCUACCCAACAUAUGAUUCUAGCGGAACUUGAAAUCCGCGGAAAAACGCGCAAAGUCAUCAUGCAGGCGCCAAAAAACGGAUUCUUCUACGUGCUGGACAGAAUCACCGGAGAGCUUCUGUCUGCAGACAAAUACGUGCCCGUGACCUGGGCGUCCCAUGUGGACCUGGAAAGUGGCCGUCCGGUAGAAACGGCUAACGCCGAUCAUUCAGAUUCUGAACAGAAUACUGCGCCUGCCGCGUUCGGUGGUCACAACUGGCAGCCUAUGGCAUUCAACCCCAACACUGGGUUGGUCUACAUACCCGCGAUGCAGGCAGUACAGCCUUUCACAACGGAUCAGAACUUUACCCCUCUGAGCGGUGGUCAUUGGAAUCUGGGGCAGGGUGAACCCGUAGGCAAAGGUGGCGUGAGCGGCAUUCCAAGAGACAUGGUGAUGUCCAUUGUUAAAAGAUUGAUGCGCGGUAGAUUAAUUGCCUGGGACCCUUUGGCAGGCGAAGCGCGCUGGCAGGUUGAGCAUGACAAUCUCUGGAAUGGCGGCUUGCUCAGCACCGAAUCCGGCCUGCUGUUCCAGGGUACCGGGGAUAGACGCCUGGUUGCCUAUGAUGCUGCUGACGGUGAUCUCCUAUGGUCAUCACCUACGGGCACGGGCGUGGUUGCGCCACCUGUUACGUAUUCAAUUGAUUCAGAGCAAUACAUCGCCGUUCUGGCGGGGUGGGGUGGCGUGGGCGGUUUGUCGCUACCGCAAACGAUGCAAUCCAACGGCACCAGUCGGCUGCUGGUCUAUAAAUUAGGCGCCAACCUUCCCACGCCGGUUAACGAACCUGCACAGCUGACGUUGCUGCAGGAGCCCCCUGCCAAUGAUGUGAGCAGCGCGUCGAUUACACGCGGUGAAGAUCUGUACCUGCAACACUGCAUGCGUUGCCAUGGUGGUUUAGUUGGUGAAGGCGGGGUUGUGCAGGAUCUGCGUUAUAUCAGUCCUGGCAGCCACGAAAUAUUUGACCAGAUUGUGCUGGGUGGUAUUUACGCACCGCUGGGCAUGGUGAGUUUUUCUGAUGUGCUCGAUGAAGAUGACGUUGAAGACAUUCAUGCCUUUGUUCUGGAUGCCGCGCACGAUACCUGGGCGCAACAGCAGGAAAGUGAUUGGUGGCGUGACAGUAAACUCUGGCUCUACGAUCACCUGGGCGAGCUUGCAGCCUGGAUACUUGCACCUGAGUAA